UUGCUCCCGGGACCAAGUUUGCAGUUGGACUCAAAAUUUGCAAGACAUUGACCGACUCGGUCUUCGUACAAGAAGCAAUUCCAAUGAGUCCAAAGAAAGAUAAGAAUGAUAAAAGAAACCGAAGUAGCAUUUACGAGUAGUUUAGACGUCAACGAAGUGACGAUUCUCAAGGUUCUAGGUUCCGGCGGGUUUGGAACCGUUCACGAAGGCAUUUACAGAAAUCAGAGAAUUGCACUGAAACGAUUACACACUAACACGAAGAACAAGAAAGCAGCCAUGCAGAGUUUCCAAGCAGAGUGCAGAAACGAAGUGCUGUCGCUAGACCACCCAAACAUUAUCAAGACGUUAGCAGUUUCAAGCGCGUUUACUCUAGAAGACGAACCUUGUCUUCUAAUGGAAUUCGUCAGCACUAGAACUCUUCAGCACGUCAUCGACGACGCAAAUGAAAAAAUGGACUUUGCAAGGAAGUUACGCGUCAACAGUGAAAUUAGCAACGCUCUGGUAUACAUCCACAACAGCGGGAUUGUACAUUUGGACUUGAAACCUGCAAAUGUUCUGAUAGCUGAUGACGGGAGCUGUAAAAUAGGAGACUUUGGAUGCUGCCAGUUCGUGGAUGACCAGCCCAACACCCCUACGAGGUCUUACCUCACAGGGACCUUCGCUUACCGGGCACCGGAGCUUUUGCGAGGCGAAUCCCCGACCUUUCAGGCCGAUGUCUACUCGUUCGCUAUCUGCAUGUGGCAGAUCUGGACGCGUGAAGUCCCGUACAAGUUGCAGAAUCACCAAGUCGUGAUUUUCCGUGUGGUCGCUUGUAGCCUUCGACCGCAGAUUCCCACCGGUAACGAGAUAGACAAUCGGUACAAGGAGUUAAUGACGAGCGCUUGGGCGGGAAAACCAACAGAUCGGCCAACCAUGGGAGACAUCAAGGAAACCUUUGCAAACUGGAGAAUCUGAGAAAUCUUCGAGCAUUUAUUUUCUAGCUGGGCUAGAACUUAACCAUAGAUUAGUGUAUUAGAGUAUUUAUUAUAUAACAGGAUGUUGGAGCAGGUCUCUAUAGAUAUAGUACUAAUUAUAGAAUUAAUUAUUAUGCGUUCAACAAAAAAGCAGAUAAAGUAUUUUAAUACGAGUGAUUACAACAGAAAAAAAACUUUUAUUGGAAAGAAGCAGAAAUUUUGAAAAAGAAUUAUCUGGAGGCUUUGUAAUAAGAGUUUUGUUGGAUACAGCUCGCUAAGAGUUCAAUUAUCUUGUGUAAUUUAUUCCAGAGUGAAAUGACCUAGAGUGAAAUUAUUUAUUAUAAAGAGAAAUUAUCUAUUUAUUUAUUUAGCAACAUAUAUCAUUAAGUGACAGAGAUAUAUUAAAUGCAUAAAGCUUCAUUAUUUCAAAGUGAAUUAUUUAUUAUCGAUUAAUUUGAUCACUUAUUCAUUGACUGAUUUCUGUAUUAAAUUGCUUAUAUAUUUAUAGGUAUAUUUAUCUGUUAUUCAAAUAAUUAUUUGUUUUCUUAUCCAUUUAUUUGUAUUUUUUUCUUAUUUCAAGUCAGUCUACACAAUAUUUAAUUGAUUAAUUAAUUAAUUUCUGUGCAUCUAUUCAUUUAUUUAUUUAGACUAUCUGUUUCUUCUUUCUUUCGUUUAUUAACUUACUAACAUACUCAUUUAUUCAUUUAUAUAUUUGUAAGCACUUCAUUUAUCGAUUUGGCCAUUUGCGCGUCAUAGUCAUCGCAAUUAAUUAAAGUCUUCCAACCAACAUAAACUAAACAUUUCUUGUAACGGAAGUAAAAUUCAAUGAAACUGAAUAUAAUGUAGUGUAUUCCUAUUUGCUGUGCUACUUUAUUUUGGCGAUGUUAUGAAAAUAAACUUCUGUAUGGUGCGUAA